UCGCAGAGAGUCGUACGGCGCACGCGUACUUCGGACGCGUACCCAUGAUGGAGCGGUCGAAGUGGAUUAAACAGGAGCCCCUAGACAUCGAGGAGGAGGAAGGGCCCUGCAGGGCCGUUGGGCCCCCCAAACACGGGGCCAGUCCCGCCCAGGAAGCGACGAGGGCCCGCAUCGCGAGCCUCGAGGGUCAGCUGCGGGAGCUGAAAGGGGCUCAGGGCUCCUUUCAGAUACGCUGCAUUGAAGAGGAACUCAGGAAGGCUCACUCGAAGCUACGACGCCUGUUGAACGAGGCCGAGCGUCAGAGGCGGCGCCGGGAACGACUCCGAGGGAACGGCAUCAGGGUAGUUCAGUGGCAAGAUGAGGGCGUCAUGAGCGCCCUGAGGUCCUGCACGCACUUCCAAGAUUUCACCAACGAACUCAACACCCUGGGUUAUACUCUUGUCCGGAACGAUGUAAACAUGGAUGAAAAUGAUACGAUGCCAGAAGUAGAUGGCAUCAAAGUGCAGGUUGAACUAAUUGAAGGUGAUGGAGAGUUACCAUCUGAAAUCAAGCCCGAAAACAGCCCUUCAUCUGAGACAGAAAUACCAUUGACAGAAGUUUUAGAAAAUCAAGAACAAUCGAGCAAGAGGCCCAUAGAAUCCUACAGAGAGUGGUUCGAGCGCCAAAUUGAAGCACAGCACCAGUGGGAAGAAAGAAUGAUGAGAGAACAAAUGGAAUUGGCUCGUUCCCUUUUAGAAUCCGUCACGACCACUUUCUUGCAAGGGAUACAACAAGUUAUCAGCAAUGUUACUGCAGGGAGAAGGUUUUCAUCGUUUUUUCCUGAACCACCUUCUUGAGGAAAUACGAAUGCGUGAUAAGUACCUCAGUGACAUUCUUAUUCUGUCAAGAUGUUCAUCUGUCGUUGUUGUUGUACUAUUUAAUUUCAUGAAAUCAAAAGAUGUCUGGAACAAAUGAACUGUAAAAAUUAAAUUCUUUUUCA